GGCUGAGUAGGAUCAACUGGGAUAAACAGGAAGGGGAGGCGGUGGAGAAUACGCCCCCAGUUGAUGGAUUUGUAGAUCAGGAAGAAGAUGUUAGUCUCCACAUCAAUAAGUGGUCGCCGCGAAUGCCCAGCUGUGUAGGCUAUCCUAUGUGGCAAACGCCAAGUGGGUAUGAAUGGAGGGAUGAGUUAGUCCUUAAGCCCUUUGAGGAAGAGGAUCCCUGGGGUGGUAAGGAUGUUCAGUGGAUGAUGAAACUAACGCUGGCCAGCUUGCAUAGCCUGGUGGAGGAUUUGAGGUCGAUUGAGGAAGGACCUGGCCAGGUAGAACGACAUGAGGACUUGAUGGGAGGAAUGUAUCUCCUCGUCAAUACGUUAUUGCAGGAAAGCCUAGACCAGUCAGGCUCGUUGAACCUGGCAGGGAAUGUGGACGAAGUGUCCGAGAGCCAGGACGACGAGUUUGAGGAAGGGGAAAUUAAGGAGGUCUUUCAUGCAGAGGAGUACGAUGGGAUCUACCUAGAGCUGGGGCUUCUUCUGUCAUGUGGAUUGAGGAGGUCGCCAGCACACACACAGGAGGGGCCGCCAGUGUCUGAGGGGCCUUUGAGGGAGUUGGAAAUGCAUCUGGAUAUUUCUCAGUGGAGAGCGUCGCCUCAGGGUGAGGAGCAUGGAGAGCAGGCAGAGGAGGUGCCACGAGAGGAGGAGCCACGAGAGGAGGUGUCACGGGAGGAGGUCCAGGAUACUCAGCAGGAGAGAGGGUUGGGCGAUGUGGGGAGACGUGCAGGGAAGGAAGUGAUAGAGGUUGGAGAGGACACGCCCCCACAGAUGCCAGCAAUGGGCUUGAGACUCGGGGAUGCACCAGGAAGCACUCGCCAGGCGGAGGAAAGGAUGCAGAGAGAGGAGGCUCCAUUACCUUCAUCAGAAAAGGCCCCUUCGCUAGAAGGGAGGGCAGAAAGGAGGAGGGAGAGGGCAGCUGUAAGGAGAGAAACCUUGAUCCUGAUUGACAAACACCUAGCAGCUCAUGCCCUGGAGCACCCAGACCUGGAGGAGCCAGCACCUGCAGAGCCGCGCCAGAAGCCGUGCCAGCCCGAGAAGGAGAUGGAAGCAGAGAUCCCAAAGAGGAUCGACCUCCGCACGAGGGAAAGGGCGCCAGCUGGAGAAACGACUGAAGAAAAGAGGGCGAGAAGAACCAGGUGGAUAGAUGAGAUAUGGCAGGAGAGGCAAAGGUUGGAGGCAGCGGGGGAGCUUCCGGAGCAGCAGCAGGAGAGGCAGAGAUCGGAGGCAGCAGGAGCACUCCCAGGUCAGCCACCCAGCUCACCAGCUAGGGCUCCGGAGAUUCCAGAGAUGUGGAGAGACUUCUGGGAGCGAAGAGGAGAGGAGCUUCCCUCGCCAGUCAGAGCCGGGUUUGGAGUGGCCAGGAGGGCGAAAGAGAGGUUAGAUCGCAAAAUCAAGUUCUUGGCCAAGACAACUUUUGACCGGCACUUGUUAUUGGAGGGCGAUCUGGCAGGGAAGAAGAUGAAGGAAGCAAGUCAUGGAGUACGCCUGGAGGCUAUGGAGGUGGAAAUUCAGGAACUUAGGGCAUUGGUAGCCAAGCGUCGUCAGGAGCCACCUAUGGGGAGGGUUAUCCUGGAGCCAGGGAAGGCGAAAGCACAGAGACAGGCGGAGAGGGAGGCAUUCGAGUUCAGAGUUCCUACCGAGCUCGCGACAUUGCUAGUGGCGGCGGCAGGCCCAGUCGUACCUUUAGCAGUAGAGGAGGGGCUACCACCAUCUAGCAGUGAGCCGGCUCAGGGCUCAGCAGAGGGAUCCAUGGACGUGCUCCUUGAGGCGGUGCAUACUAUGCAGAAGGAGGUGAGUUUGUUUUCACCUGAGCAGAGGAUAGAGGAGCCUCUUGAGAAAGAGAUAGGGAUUGAGGCAGAGGGUACCAUCGAGAGCGGGCUCCAGAGGAUGGGCACGCCUGAGUAUGGGCCAGAGGAGAUUGAGGAGCAGCCCAUGGCAGUGCCAGGAGAGACACUCGAGAGGAGACCUCAGAGGUUGGACACGCCUGAAUACGUCUCGGUGACAGGGGAUUUGAGGAGCAGACUGGGGUCUUGGGCUAUAGGAUAUGGGUCUGGGAGACCGGUUCCUUGGACAGAGCAGCAGGAGGUCGUUAGUAUCGCAGCUCCUCGAUCAGAGCAGCAGGGGGUUGUCAGUACCUUGGUAGGAUCUUCUUCAUCGUCACCUCCUCAACCCAAGAAGAAGAAGUUCAAGAGGAAGGUUGAUCAGUUAUGCUUCUGUUGCAAGAGGGGCGUGCAUCUAGCUUUGGACAGUCUCGAGUUCCUUGAGGAUAAGGCAGAAGGAAAGGUCUCAGAGGCAGGGGGUAAGAUGUAUGAUAGGCAGGGUAGGAUAGUAGAGAAGUCCGCAGAUGGACUGAGGGCUCAGUUAUAUAGGCAAAACCAGGAGGAGUUGAGGAGAUAGGACCGGUUUUUUAUGUAAGUGGGCGAGUAUCUUGUGAGGCAUCAGCUUAGGUUCUGUGUGAUACCCUCUUAGACCU